AUGGAGAAAACAAUAAAACGAACUACUCAAAAGCAAUUUGAGGUAUUGGUGAAGUUGAUGGAAGGAAAUCCUGAGUUGGCCAGAGGAAUGGCGCCGUUUGGCUCAACCAAAAAAAAUGGGAUGGAGUUGUGGGAAGCAAUUGCUUCCGAGUUACACAAUAUCGGUCCUCCAAUACGUAGUGGCAGCGAAUGGAAUAAGGUUUGCUUGGACUAUAAGUUAAAAUUAAAAAGGAAAAUUGCAGAUAAUCGUAAGGAGAUUGCAGCCACAGGUGGAGGACCAUACAACCAACGGAGUUUAACGCCUUUGGAGCAGGCCGUGGACGAGCUGCUCAGCUUGCAGCAGGCAGUGAAUCCAAGCGGAGCCGCAUUUGGUAGCACUACACCUGCACCUGCACCUUCUUCUUCUUCUUAA